AUGGAUAUCAACUCGCUUCUUUCGCCAGACUCGAAUCCCCAGUCGGGGCGUUCAACGCCGGGGAGUGGACCCACGUCUGCCAACAACACUCCCGCCCCGACUUCGCGUCCGUCGAAUAAGCCACUACGCAAGGGUCGCACAACUGCCACACGGCCAGCCAUGACUUCAUCCCCGCUGGCGCAUCAUGUCUAUGCCCCCUCACAACUCUCCGAUCCGUCCCCGCCGGCGACAAACAGUCCCAAUGUAGGUCCGACCAUGGGAGGCGGCAAUGGGACUCCUCCAGCCGUCGAUCUGCCUCCGUCCCGGCAGCCAUCCACUCCUGGUAUGGAUACGCUCGCCGACCUGGCCUCGAUGCAACAUCACCAGCCUCAGCGUACCAACACCUCCAUCCUACGAAACACCGAAACCUACGAGAGCCAACUGUCGCCUUCCACCAUGUACCCUCAUGUCAAUCCCAUCUCCCAUAACACACCCACCCCGCGAACAUCCUUUGACCUGGCCAUGUCGGAAGGCCCCCGGGAAGGUUCCGCUCGCCGAAAUUAUACAGAUACAUCGCUGCAACCCGACGCCCAACGAAUGGCGACCGAGCUGUUCGCCCAGAUCCAGGACAAUCCGCACACCUACGAGGCGCAUGUGAAUUUCAUCCGCCUCCUCCACCAGGGGUUCGUCAAUCAUGUCUACCCGCCCAAUAACCCUGAUAUUCACGGGGAUCCCCGCAAGUACGAUCUUCUCAAGGACAUGCGAACCGCACGGGAGGAGAUGGACAAAUUGUUCGCCAUGGGUGAAGACCUCUGGGCGGAAUGGAUCCAGGACGAAAGCAUGCUGGCGCAGUCGGUGGAAGAACGCAUUGCGGUCAUGGAACUCUGCCAGCGGUCCAUUGAGGAAGAGUAUGGCAGCACGAAGCUGUGGACCAUCUACGGUGAAUGGUUGCUCUACCUCUACAACUCUGCGCAUGGGGAGUCGGGACAAAGCCAGUGGACCGAGGAGGACAAGCUGAUCGGUCGCGAGGUCUUUACCUGGCAAUCCGUGCUGGAUGUUUGGCAGCGCGGCGCCGAAGCCACCCGGUGGAGAAUCCAUGACAGCCAUUUGGUCUGGGACCGGUUUUUGGAUCUCCAGGUUCAAGACCUCUCCCGCCACCCAUCCCAGGACAGAGUGGGUCAGGUGAAGGGCUACUUUGACGUCCGCUUGCAAACCCCGCAUGCCACCUGGGAUCAGACUUUCCAAGCCUUUUCAAGCUUCGUGUCCACAUACUACAACGCCAAUUACGAGGACAUCAUGGCGGACACGGCCAGCCGACUCGCGACACCCGUCAAGGAAAAAUAUAACGCGCGAGAGCCGCUUGAGAUCAAGCUGCGCAAUGCUGUGGACUCUGGAGACCUCGGCUUGGAGUGGACCGUGUACUCGGAAUAUAUUGAAUGGGAGCUCAGUCGUCAACGUCGCAAGCGCCACUCCAACUUUGAACUCCUCAACGCCAUCUACCAGCGCGCAGUCCUUCGAUUCCCGACCGAUGCCAGUCUAUGGGAGGACUACGUCAUGUACCUGAUCGACCAAAGAAAUUUCCACGGCAAUUCGAACGCGGCCACGAUCUCGAUGCUGGACCGAGCCACCCGCCAUUGUCCCUGUCACGGGGGCCUCUGGUCCCAGUAUCUGCUCAGCUCCGAGCGCGAGGGACAGUCCUUCCAGCGGAUCGCGGACAUCAAACACAAGGCCACGAGCACUGGUCUGCUCGACGCCGGGGGGAUGGAGGAGGUGCUCAAAGUCCAUACCGCCUGGUGUAGCUACCUCCGCCGGCGCGCGUUUCUCACGGACUCGACCGAUGAGGACCUGGAUGUGGCUGAGGUUGGUAUUCGGUCUGCGAUCGAAAGCGUCCAGGAGCUUGGAGAGAAGAAAUACGGCCGUUCGUACCAGGGCGAUCCUUUGUUCCGUCUCGAACGCAUCUAUAUCCGUUACCUGAGCGAAAGCGGCAGCUGGGACAGCGCACGUGAAACCUUUAAAGGUCUCGUCCGCCGUCGUGGCAACAGCUAUGAAUUUUGGCUCACCUAUUAUCACUGGGAGCUGAUUUCUUGGAGCAAAUUCGUGCAGGGCGAAGCGACCGUCGAUGCCGCGCGGCGGACGCCCAAUCCCAGCUUUGCGACUGCCGUGCUGAAACAGGCGAUCAAGCGAACCGAUCUGGACUGGCCGGAGAGGAUCAUGCAGGUGUAUAUUGCGCACUGCGAGGACUAUGAGGACUCGGAUGAACUCCAGCUGGCUGUGCUGGAAACCCGGAAGGCCACGAAGGCCAUCAAUGCACGGCGUGAACGGGAAGCCAGGGAAGCGGCUGCCGCGCAAGAGCAACAGCAACAAUACGAACAACAACAGGCAGCCGCCGAACUAGCAACCCAACCUGAGAAGCGCAAACGCGAAGAAGAAACUGGAAUGAAUGGUUUCCCCAGCAGUAAGAAGCCUCGUGCGGAGGAGCCUGCAUUUACCGCCCCCCAGGCCGAAUCGGUUGCAUUGCGGCGUGAUCGCGAACACUCCACAGUCGUUGUCAAAAAUCUGCCCCGUGGGAUCACGGAGCACCGCGUGCGACAAUUUUUCCGUCAUUGCGGCACCGUCAAUAGCGUCAAGAUGCUACCUGGUGAUGAUAAGAACUCAGAAACAGCCAUCAUCGAAUUUGAGACGAGAGAUGAGGCUCUUGUGGCCCAGACUCGAGACCAAAAGCUGAUUGAUGACAAUGCUAUUGAAGUCCACUUUGGCUCCGGAUCUACACUGUUCGUCACAAACUUCCCUUCGACUGCCGAUGAAAGUUAUAUCCGAAAUCUGUUCCACGAGUAUGGAGAGAUUAUCGAUGUUCGAUUCCCGUCUCUCAAAUACAACACACACCGCCGGUUCUGCUACGUGCAGUUCAAGUCGGCCGAAGACGCGCAUAACGCGGUCCAGUUGGAUGGCUCCAAGGUGGGAAGUGAUCUGAACCUGGUCGUGAAGAUCUCGGAUCCCAGUCGCAAACAGGACCGUCAUGGCCCCAUCUACGAAGGAAGGGAGAUCCAUGUUUCCAACAUCGAUUGGAAGGCAAGUGAGGACGACCUCAAGGAUCUUUUCUCGAAAUACGGCAGAGUUGAAACCGUUCGAAUUCCCAGAAAGGUCGAUGGGGGUAGCAAGGGUUUUGGCUACAUUGUCUUUUCUACCAAGGAAGAGGCAAAUGCCGCCCUUGCAAUGCAUGAACAGGAGUUUCGCUCGCGUCCACUCCAGGUCCGACUGUCAACACCGCAGGGCGCCAAACGCAGUGCAACGACCAUCGUCAACCGUGUAGGCAAAUCCCAAUCACCUGCCCCCGAGACCAAUGGUACCAAAUCUCAGUCCGCCGAACCGGAUGGGGCGGCGAAGGAACGGUCGGCGCGGACGCUGGGCCUUAUGAACAUCCCUGACACGGUCAAUGAUGCGCGGGUUCGGGCGCUGGUCGAGCCAUACGGGGAGCUGAUCAAGGUUGUGCUGCGGCCCGAUCAUCAAGGCGCGAUCGUGGAGUUUGCGGACGUCAACCACGCAGGCAAGGCCUCGCUCGAGCUCGAGGGACACGAAAUCGCUCCUGGCCGUCGACUUCACGUGGGCACCGUCUCGGAAAUGCUGAGACAAUCAGCCGAAAAGAAACCUGGCGUCGGUCCAGUGCCUAAGAAGAAGGAAAAACCCGGUGCAGGGCUUCUUCAGCCGAGUGGGCCGGUGAAGCGUCCUGUGCAGCCUGGCGCGCGAGGUGGGAGACGAGGUGGACUUGGGAUGAAGCGGAUCAAUAUUCCUUCCACCCCAUCACAGGGAGGAAGCACCAAACCCGAUGGCGCCAAGGGCGCGACGACGAUAACGACCAUGACUGAGACGACCGAUACCGCUCACCCUGUUGAAGGUGAGACGACGAAGAAGAGCAAUGAUGACUUCCGUGCUAUGAUCCAGCGGAGUCGAGGCUAG